AUGAGGAAGGAAAUGGACGAACUGAGGAGCGCCAUUAAGGAGAAGACGGACCGAAGCGUAGACAAAAUGGUAAGGGCUACGGAUUCACCUUUCACCGCCGCGGUACUCGAAUGCCCUGUGCCGUCAAAGUUUCGCUUGCCUCAACUUGAGCCAUUCGACGGACUAAAAGACCCACAGGAUCACCUUAAUACCUUCAAGACGACUCUAGGGCUUCAACAGCCACUUGACGAGAUACUGUGUCGUUCCUUCCCAACGACUCUCAAAGGAGCUGCAAAAGAAUGGUUUACCAAGCUGCCAAACUCGUCCAUAGACAACUUCGAUCAGUUAAGUAGUGCCUUCUUGCGCCACUUCAUAGGGGGGCAACGCCCAAAGAGGCCGGUGGACUACUUACUCACCAUAAGACAGGGAGAGAAGGAAACUCUGAGGUCAUAUGUCAAACGAUUCACCCGGGAGACUCUGGAGGUAGACGAAGCUGAUGACAAGGUGCAGCUGACGACCUUCAAAGCAGGAUUGAGGUCUAGAGACCUUGUGGCCUCCCUCGCGAAGAACCCACCAAAGACGAUGGCGGAGAUGCUCCUGAAGGCACAGAAGUACAUGAAUGCUGAGGAUGCUUUAGCUGCCAUAAAGGAUGCCGAGAAGCCAGGCGACAAGGCCAAGAGGGAAGACGAACGUAGGGGACAGAAGAGAGAUCGACCAGAUCGUCGGAAUAAUGAUGGGAACAGGAGGACAGAUGAUAAAAGUCCUCGGACGCAUGAAUCCUUCUCCCGGGAUGACGACCGUCCGUCCCAACCUCCACACAAGGUGAUCGGGGAGAUAAACACGAUCACAGGUGGACCAUUCUCAGGAGGAUCGUUUAGAUCACUCAAAAAGGCAUACCAGAGACAGGUGAACAGCAUCCACGCCGUACCUCCAUCCAAGCACCGACGAACAUACCAGGACAUGUCUUUCAGCGAAGGAGACGCCAUGGGAGUGAAGCAGCCCCACAACGAUCCCCUGGUCAUAAUGCUGAAUAUAGAAGGGUUCAAUACCAAAAGGAUCCUCGUUGAUAACGGAAGCUCCGCGGACAUCAUCUACUUCCCAGCCUUCCAGCAGCUGAGAUUAGAUCCAAAAAGACUUUGCCCUUUUGACUCUCCACUCGUCAGUUUCAGUGGAGACAGGGUCUACCCCAAAGGCAUAGUGACGUUGACGGUUAUGGCAGGAACCUACCCAGUACAGUUGACCAAACAAGUAGACUUUCUGGUGGUAGAUUGUCCCUCGUCCUACAAUGUCACCAUUGGGAGGCCCACCCUCAACUAG